AUGUCCCUCUCCCUUUGCAGGUACUUGGCCAUACGAUACCCCCUGCACUCCAGGGAGCUGAGGACACCCAGGAACGCCCUCCUGGCCAUUUGUCUCAUCUGGGGGCUCUCCUUCAUCUUCUCGGGCCCUUACCUCAGCUACUACCAGGAGUUCCAGCUGGCCAACCUGACUGUCUGCCACCCCAUCUGGGAGAUCUCCCAGCGCAAGAUCAUGGACACCUGCACCUUCAUCUUCAGCUACAUCAUCCCCGUGCUCAUCCUCAGCCUCACGUACGUGCGGACCAUUCGCUACCUGUGGCGCUCCGUGGAUCCCCUCCAAGACAUGUCAGAGUCCAAGAAGGCCAAGAGGAAGGUCACCAGGAUGAUCAUCAUCGUGGCCGUGCUGUUCUGCCUCUGCUGGCUGCCCCACCACCUGGUGAUCCUGUGCGUGUGGUUCGGGCACUUCCCCCUGAACCACUCCACAUACGUGCUGCGCAUCCUCUCGCACGUCAUCUCCUACGCCAACUCCUGCGUCAACCCCAUCGUCUACGCCCUGGUCUCCAAGCACUUCCGCAAGGGCUUCAAGAAGAUCUUCAGCUGCCUCCUGCACAAGAGGGCAGCGCACAGGGUGCACGUGGCCCAGGCUGCCCACACGCUCAGCACGCUGGAGCCCGCGCAGCCCUGGGGGGAGGAAGGGCUGGAGGGGCAGGAGCACAGAGCAGAUGGCUCCUCUGCCACCUUCGACGUCAGCUAGCAGAGCUCCCUCCCAUCCCAGGGCUUUGCAGUCUCCUCCAGGCCUGGGGCCGGGCAACGUUUUGGGUUCAGUUGAAUCGUUUUCAUUCAAACGCACCCAGAAAUCACAACUGUGAUGCUGCUGACACAAACUCAGCCAAGAACCAGCCAAGGACAGGAUUUUCUUCCACCAAGCACUUGCUGAGAGCAGAGAGAUCAAACCCCAAAAUCCACUGCCAUGUGUAAACACCUGUUCCUCUAUCAUGGAUGGACUUACUCCCUGUUGCAUCUACACCCAGAGCCUGUGAAAGCUCUGGCCCCUCCAACCAGCAUUUCCCAGUUGAUGUGUGCAAGGAAGUGCAACCCCCCCAAUGGGGGGGGCUGCAGAUGGGGAUCCCUGGCCCCAGUGCCCAGCUGGAGGAAGCUUUCAGACCCCAAAACCGUAGGACUGUUGGACUGGGAUUUAUCCACAGGCCCCAGCAGUGAAGUGGGGAUGAAAAAUGAGAAAGAAGCAAAGCUCAGUCCCUGUGCAGCUCUGGCUCUUCUCCACAGGGUCUGAGCUCUGGAGCUUGUGGGUGCAAUUUUAGAGACAUUUGGAAAAUAUUGGUUUGUUUGUGUCCUGGUUUAGGAGCUGCAUCCCAGGGCAGUGCUGGGCACAAACCCAGCUCAGGUAGGAAAAUCCAGGAGCGAAGCACAGAAGGACCAAGGGGAGGGAGGUUGUUUGCCAGGGAAGCACAGCCAUGGAGCCAUGGUAGGGGAAGGAUUUUAAUGCCUUUGCACAGCCUGGGGACAGCUCAGCAUCUCAAGCAGGCAAGGUGCUUGUGGAGGCAAGCAGGACACUGGCACUGAGGUGGGACA